GAUGGCUUUGUCCGGGUGGAUCGGGACUACGUGGCACAGGCAGCCGAGCUGGCGCGGGCAGGGGGCUGCAAACACUUUAUCCUGCAGUCCUCCCGGGGGGCAAACGCACAGAGCCGCUUCCUCUACCUCCGCGUGAAGGGAGAAGUGGAAAACCUGGUCCAGGCUGUUGGUUUUGAUCACUGUACCAUUCUCCGGCCAGCGGUGCUGCUGUGCAGGCGCCAGGAGUCCCGGCCCAUGGAGUGGAUAGCCCAGCAGUUCUUGGGCGCUGUGGCUCGGCUGUUCCCCACCGCUUACUCAGUGCCUGUGGAAAUGGUGGCCAGGGCUAUGGUGGCCUGUGCACUGCAGCCAGGAGAGGGGAAGGUAAAGGUGCUGGAGAACAGGGCCAUCCAUGAGCUAGGAAAGGCAGUGCCACAGCAGAGCACAGGGCAGCAGGGAUGACACGCAGGAGCUUGGUUCACUCUUCAGAUGCUCUCUGGGCUGAGGAUGAGCGCACACAUGGGAGAGGUGUGGGGUGCUUGCAUGGCUAGCGUGGAGCCCAGAGGUACAUCCACUUUUUGCACUUUGGCUGAUUCUCUCAAGUGAUCAAAAAUGCAGGUGCUGGCUGCUGGGUGGGGAUAAACAAUGUGCACUGCUGCCUGGAUCCAUAAUACAAAUACGGGUAAAGAUGAUGUAAUCCAGGCCUUGAAUAAAACCCUGUGACUGAU